CGUGCGUGUUAAGAACCACAGCAGUUUGACAUAAACAUAACCUGAAACCUGCGUCCGUAUUUAUUUGUAAUUCAUUUAUAAUGGCAAAUUACGGUUUUGACUUAAUUGAUGUCGAUGAAGAAGUUGCUGAAGCAGAAGUAGCGGAAAUGGUAAUACAUAGAAAUCCAAAAGUUUAUUUAGAGCGGCUAAACCUGCUAGAAGUACUGGAUGAGGAGAACUUUCGUAUUCGGUAUAGAAUGCGAAAAGCAACUGCUGAACGCAUUAUUCAGAUGAUUGAGGGACAAAUAGCUCCGUUUAUCAAUAAUCGGGGCUCACCUAUAUCGGCGACUGUUCAGUUUCUGGCAACAGUUAGGUACUUAGCUAAGGGAGCUUACGGAGUCGAUAUAGCGGAUCAACAUGGACUAUCACAGCCUUCAUUAUCCAAUAUUAUAAAGAGGGUUUCGCAAGCAUUGGCAGCACAUAGACACAGAUUUAUAAAUUUUCCUACGGCAGAAGAAUCACACCAAGUCAAAGCGGACUUCUAUAGAUUUGCCAACUGUCCAUCAGUCAUAGGUGCAAUUGAUGGCACCCAUGUCAAAAUUAAGUGUCCUGGAGGAGAUUAUCCAUUACUCUAUUUAAAUCGCAAAGGAUAUUAUUCCUUGAAUGUGCAGGUAGUAUGUGAUGCGAAAUGUAAGAUUCGGGACAUUGUUGCACGAUGGCGUGGUAGCACUCAUGACUCCAGGAUAUGGAACGAGUGCCACUUAAGACGCAGGUUUAUGCAUGGAGAAAUAGAUGGGGUGUUAGUUGGCGACAAUGGAUACCAAUGUUCACGCUACAUUCUUACUCCGUUAUUAAAUCCACAAACAAAUGCAGAACAACGGUAUAAUACAGCUCAUAUAAGAACAAGAAAUGUUAUUGAAAGGACUUUCGGCAUUUGGAAGAAUAGGUUUCGCUGCUUUUUUAAUGGUCUAAACCUACAAUUAGAAACCACCAAAGCGGUUAUUGUAGCAACAGCAAUACUUCAUAAUCUUAUCAUUCAGGAACGCUUAGACAAUGAUGAUUCAUCAGAUGACGAAUAUGAUGAUGACAAUGACAGGGUUAUAUACCACAAUGAUGGAAGGGAACACGUUCAAGGAAAUUUAUUUCGAGCUAGAUAUAUUGAUACCCAUUUUAAUGAAAUAUUAUACAAGAUGUGUCAAAAAUGCCUUUAAUACCUGUCUUUAGUACAUAGAGUGUAUUUUAUAUUCCUAUGAUUAUAACUUAUAAUAGUAAGAAAAACUAACGACGAACUAAACUUAUUUUAUGAUCAGAAACUCCCCUCUGUAUCAGGUAUCGAUCCGCCUAAACGUUUCAAUUGUUCUUGAAACAGUUUAUUUUCGUUCUGCUUUUUGAGUGCGUGUAAUUCUUCUGCAUGUCUCAUCAUUUGGGCAAUUCUUUUUUCAUUCAACUUAAGAAGUUGUCUCUCAUAUUGAGUCAUUGCCUUCAUUUUUACCUGCCCUCUCUUUUUCAGGGGGGCUGUCUUUGGA